GCUAGUAUAUAGUUUCUUUCUUCUCCAUUGACUGAUCGACCCCUGUAUGCGCGCGGGAAGCCGCCAUGCACGCGCGCCUCUGGGUCGCCGACGAUGUCCGCCUCGGCUCCAGCAGCGGAGGCAGCAGCCCGGCCGCCUCCCCCUCCGGCCCCUCCGACAGCGACGGCGGAUCCACCAGCACCGACGAGCACUGCCCCGACGACCCACGCGAGUCCCGGCGCCACUUCUCGCGUUUCCGCCCGACCUCUCCGUCCUCCUGCAGCCCACUCUGUGGCGACGACUACAAGCACCUGCAGCGCAUGGCCCUCCUCCUCCCCGCCUUCUCCUCCACCGCCGCGGCACGCGCGGGCGCUCUGCGUCAAUGGAUCGCCGGCUUCGACGUCGGCUGGGUGCUGGACAUGGGCCGCGGGAGCGGGACUGACCACGGCCUCCCGCGGCGGGAGGUCGGGAGGAGGAUCAGGGCGUGGGCGCAGGCGCUGGGCGCCAUGGACCGCGUCUUCCGAGGCCGGCACCUGGAGGUCCGCAGCCCGGCCAGUGACGCCGCAGCGGCGGAGCUUGCGGGCGAAAGCGUCGGCGUGAUGCUGAGGCUGACCGGCACCGUGGCCACGCUCGCGAGCUCCCCGUCGAAGCUGCUCGCGGCGCUGGACGCGUACGCCGCCGUUUCGGAGGCCUGCCCCGCCCUCGCGAGGACCUUCUCCUGGGCCCCCUCCCACCCGGUCCCGGCCGCGGCCGACGCCGCGCUGGCCGACCUGCUGGACGCGUCCCGGCGCUGCGUGCGCGACCUCAGGGGCUUCAUACGCGCGCCGCAGUACCCGUGGCGGAUGCCGCAGGGCGGCGAGGAGCACCCGAGCGUCGGGUUCUGGAUGGGCUACCUGCGCUGCAUGCUGCGUAACCGCGUGCCCCUCUACUUCGUCCUCGCCGGCGGCGACCAGGACGAGGGCGGCCUGGUCAUGGAGCUGAUCGCGUGCCUGGAGGCGGCGCUCGAGGACAAGUCCGCCGCGCUCGCCUUCCCGGGGCUGAGACAGCUGUUCAUGCUCAACAACACGAGCGCCAUCGUGCGCUGCGCCGCGCGCGCCGACGCCAUCGGCAUGCUCCUGUCGCCUGGCUGGGCCGGCGCCCGCGAGGAGCGCAUGGAGGGCUACAUCAGAGAUUACCUGCGAGUCUCCUGGGCGCCCGUGGUGUCGCGCCUUGGCGGGAAGCCCGGAGCCAUGAACGCUCUGCGGCGACGGCACCCGCUGAGCGCGUUCCACUCGGCGUUCCAGAACGCGUCCAGCAUGCAGAGAGGCUGGAAGGUGCCCAGCCCCGUGCUCAGGGGCGACCUCCGGAUGGCCGUGUCCGAGACCGUCGUGCCGGCGUACCGCCGGUAUCUGGACAGCCACCCGGAGGUUGACGUGCCCGCCGGCCGCGGCGCGGAGGAGCUCCGCCGUCACCUGUCUGAGCUGUUCGAAGGAUAGAAGAUGAAAACUUUUGGGAGCAAAGCAACUGCAUCCUUGUUUCCAGUUUUUUUUCUGUCUCACUGAUUCAUUUUUUUCCAGAUAUUUUCGAACAUGAAAUUAAAUUGAACAUUAUUGUGCACAAUAACAAGCAAACAAUGUCCAUCAAUGACAAGCAUCACUACAAACUCUAAGAGCAUGGUUAAUAGUAUAGCCAGCUGCUGGCUAUAAGCCAGUGCCAUGUCAUCUACAAUCCAUCUUAUAGCCAA